AUGGAGAGUUACUUUGAAAAAGAACUGAUUACGCUAAUCCAGCAGGAGGACAUGAUCUACAACUACGGCAACGUGAACUAUCGCAAUGUCAAGCUCAAGAUGGAGGUUUGGGAGGAAAUCGCCAGAAAGCUGAAGAAGUCGGUUAAACUGAAGUGGAAGGCUCUAAGGGACCAAUAUGCACGAGAGCACAAGCGACUAAGGACACUGAUGCACAUAGAGGCCACUUCGCGUUGGAAGCACUAUGACUCGCUCAGUUUUCUGCAAAAGUACAUGAAACAAAAGACGCUGGAUAGCGAUGCGCAGCUCAGUAUCGAGAACUACAUCAAUGGGGAUGCACAUCAUGAUGAUGAGGAGGAAGAUGACGAGGACGAGGAGAUGGAAACCACAACGGCGGCGGAACAAACUCCUCAGCAGCAAGAGCAGCAUGUAAUGACUUAUAAUCACGACGAUGGAGAGGAUGAUGAAAUUG